CGCCGUCAUUAGGCACCAAUAUGAGCAGUCCAGACUCAGAUACCAUCGCUUCUGCAGCGAAAAUUGAUAUAUUUGAUAGUAAAGGGAACAAAUUGCCUUUCGGAAACCUCUUCUCCUCUUCAAAGACCAUAGUUGUCUUUAUUCGUCAUUUCUUCUGUGGUUCUUGUCAGGCGUAUGUUUCGCAACUUGCAGGUGUCUCUGAAUCUGCUUUAGCGGAAGCCAGUACCAAACUCGUUAUCAUCGGUUGUGGUGACUGGUCGUUAAUUGAGGGGUAUAAAAAGGAUACUGGGUUCAAGGGGGAUAUAUACGCUGAACCUUCUCGGGAUCUCUAUCAGAAACUCGGGAUGUCGUGCAACUUGAACCUUACUCCUGCCGGCCAGCAGAAGCGGAGUUACGUUCGUCCGUAUUGGGCGAAUGUCCUGAAGAGUUUCUGGAAUGCAGUGGUCUUCCACCCACUACAAGCCUUUACUGGCAAGCAGGGCAAGGUCUCACAGAACGGAGGCGAUUUCGUUUUCGGUCCAGGUAAUACGUGCGAAUUCGCGCAUGUCAUGGAGCACACGGAAGAUCAUGUUGAGGUUGCGGACCUCAUGAAAGCUGCUGGUGUCAAAGUAUGAUUAAUUCGCCUAGCCUUCUACUCAGUUAUUGUACUUGUAGUACGAGAGUCAUCACCUUCUUUGUGCAGUCUAAUUACUAUUCAGUUGUCCUGU